AUGGCGACGAUCAUCGACGGCAAUGCGACUGCGGCCACGAUCCGUGAGGAGCUGAAGAAGGAGGUCGCCGAACUUAAGGAGCGGACUGGCAAGGUGCCCGGCCUUGGCGUGGUCCUGGUCGGCGCGAGGAAGGAUUCUGAAACCUACGUCCGCAUGAAGGGUAAGGCCGCCGAGGAGGUUGGCAUUAACUUCAUCCUGAAGAAGUUCCCUGCCGAGAUCACGCAGGAGGAGCUCAUCAAGGAAGUGCGUGCGCUUAACGAUGAUGAGAGCGUGCACGGGCUGAUCGUCCAGCUGCCGCUUCCCUCGCACAUCAACGAGAAGGCCGUGCUCGAGCAGGUCGGUCUGGCCAAGGACGCCGACGGCUUCGACCCCCUCAACAUUGGUAUGCUGGCGAUGAAGGGCCACACGCCCCUGUCCGUGCCCUGCACGCCUCGCGCUUGCAUGGAGCUCCUCGCCCGUUACAACAUUGACAUCGACGGCAAGAGGGCCGUGGUGCUCGGCAGGAGCAACAUCGUCGGCACGCCCGUGGCGCUCAUGCUGCUCCACAAGAACGCCACCGUCACCAUUUGCCACUCGCGCACCAAGGACCCGGCGGCCAUCUGCAGGGAGGCCGACAUCAUCGUUGCGGCCAUCGGCCAGCCCGAGUACGUCAAGGGCGAUUGGGUCAAGCCCGGCGCCGCUGUCAUCGACGUGGGCAUCAACUCCGUGCCCGACGCCUCGAGGAAGGCUGGCUACCGGCUGGUGGGCGAUGUGGCCUUCAACGAGGCCAAGGAGGUGGCGGGUGCCAUCACCCCGGUGCCCGGGGGCGUGGGUCCCAUGACCGUGUGCAUGCUCCUCAAGCAGACCCUGGAGAGCGCCAAGAGGGUUUACUCUGCCGCCCAGUAA